AUGCAAACGGGAAACCAACUGCGUCAGCUCUUCGCAACGAUUCUUAAUUUCUGCUCUCCGACCAAUCCAGCAACACUGUGGGCCAAUUUUCGACAACACAUCUGUGAUGAUCUUCGACAUCGACUCAUGGCUAUCACAAAUCGGCGUGACGACAUGAUCACAGAUGAUGAGGUGUUCGAUUUUGGCCUUUAC